UUUAGUGUAAGAUAUGAAUCCGGACCAAAAUGCUGAGGGUGUUCCGGAUGAUGAAGCUUCUACAGAGGCCGCACCUCUAAUCCAUCAGAUUGAGAAUGAGGCUGUUGUUGCUCCGGGCCAAGCUCAGCCUUAUCGCCGCCUCGGCCUUCUCUCGACAACAUUUCUGAUAACAAAUCGGAUGAUUGGUACAGCAAUAUUCUCCGUACCAUCUGCUAUUGCACAUAGUACUGGAAGUGCCGGUGCAUCCCUGGUUGUCUGGGUUGCUGGUUACUUCCUGUCAUUUUGUGGCUUCUUCAUAUACCUUGAACUGGGUAGUCUUCUACCACAUAAUGGCGGGGAAAAGAACUACCUAGAAGCUGCCUAUCCACGUCCGCCUUUAUUUGCGACCGUGAUAUUUGCGACGCAUGUUAUCUUCCUUGGCUUCACUGGAAUUGGAACCAUUGCUAUUUCAGAGAACAUACUCUUAGCUACCCAAGCAACAGCUAAUGACUGGAUUAAACGCUGCAUGGCAAUCACUCUCAUGGCAAGCGUCGCAGCGAUGCAUAUCUGCGCGAAAACUUGGAACGUGAAGCUUAUGAAUAUCCUUGCCUCAGUCAAAUUACUUGUUCUAGCUCUAAUAGUUGUGACGGGUCUUGGGCUGGUGAUUUUUGGGUCGCCAAAUGUAGCUCACCCUGGCGCUAGUUAUGAACGUCCGUUUGCCGGGUCAUCCACCGAUGUCUCGGACUACACAGUCGCCCUAUUCAAAGUUCUGGCCACCUUUCAAGGUUGGUCCAACGCAAUGUAUGUCCUGGGUGAAGUGAAAGACCCUCGGCGAACGAUCAAGGCAGCAGGAUUCAUGGGAGUCGGCUCAGUGGGGAUUCUUUAUGUCCUGGUGAACGCGGUUUUCUUCGUCGCGGCAACGCCCAAGGAGCUGAGUGAGACCGGUAUCACGGUGGUUGCAUUAUUCGUUGGUAAGGUCUUUGGUCAGCAAAUGCAGCGUUUCACGGCUAUUCUUGCUGCUUUGUCAUCACUGGGCAAUAUCAUGACCGCAUCUUUCUCUAUGUCGCGAGUCAUCCACAGUUUUGCACAGGAGGGCAUAUUGCCAUUUUCCCACUUUUUUGCCAGCAGGUCCCGUUCAGGUUCACCUGCUGGAGCAUUUGCAUUGGUCUUUUGCUCGUCAUGUCUGAUGAUUAUCGCUGUUCCUUUUGGGGAAGCGUAUAAUUUCUUGCUUGACGUGGGACAGUGGGCUGUUGCCCUGAUUCAAUUUUUCGUUGUGUGCGGCCUAUUUAUUAUUAGAAGACGUGUGACAUAUCCUCCUCGUGCCUUCAAAGUGUGGAAUAGCGUGGCAUAUAUCUUUUUAGCAUCGCAGGUAUUCCUUAUCGUAUCACCGUUUGUGGCGCCAGUAAACGGUCGCACCAGCUUACCAGUUUGGCUUACUCCGUUCACUGGAACGUUGCUACUCGGCCUUGGUGGUAUUUACUGGUAUAUUUGGUGGAUAUUGCUACCCAAAUUGGGGCGCUUCUCAUGGGAAAAAAGCGCUUUAAUUAGUCCCGAUGGGGAGCAUGCGGUUGUUUGGCGACGGGUUCCCAAGAACUGA